UCAUUCGUUCGUUCGUGGUCCUUCGUAUUCGUUGCUCAACUUUCAAUAAUUAUUGUUCAGCACACGGCUGAUUCGUGGCCAUUGAAAAAGAACAAGAUAAGUUGAAUACCCUUGCCGUCUGGAACAUAUAACCGCAGACAGCGAUCGGGGGGCGUUUUUCAUCUCCGGCUAAUCUCCAGCAUCUUUCCAUCCACGCAACAACCAACCCGGCGCGGCGACCGUACUAGACGGAAGUAAAAUGUAUGCCUACAGUGGGAUAUGCAGCACGGUUGUGCUGCUGCUGCUAGCAGCGCUAGCAUCCGCCCACGAAGAGGACACCCAAAGCGUUCUGCUGACAAAGGACAACUUCCAGUCGGAACUGGAGACCAGCAAUUACUUUGUGAUGUUCUUUGCACCCUGGUGUGGCCACUGCAAAAAACUCGCCCCGACCUGGUCCAAGCUGGCCGAAAUCAAAAACGACGACAGUGCGGCCCAGGUGAAGAUCGGCCGGGUAGACUGCACCAACGAUGGUGAUCUGUGCAGCGAGCAGGAUGUCACCGGCUAUCCGACGUUGAAGUUCUUCAAAGCCGGCGCUGCCGGCUCGGAUACAUCGGUUAAAUAUCGCGGUGCCCGCGAUCUGGAUGCCUUCGGUUCCUUCCUUCGGGAACAACUUGGACUCGAAUCGGACGAAGACACCACCGACGAAACGGAUUCCGUUGCCGAACCGCCGAAGCCCGUUUCGGUGCUGGUCGAACUGACCGACGAUACCUUUGCCAAGCACAUCUCGAGUGGUAAGCACUUCGUUAAGUUCUUUGCCCCUUGGUGUGGUCACUGUACCAAGUUGGCCCCCACCUGGCAGCAACUGGCCGAAACCCUACAGCACGACACCUCGAUUAGCAUCUCAAAGAUCGACUGUACCCAGUACCGACCGAUCUGUGCCGAUUUCGAAGUGAAGGGCUACCCAACACUUCUGUGGAUCGAAGAUGGCAAAAAGAUCGAAAAGUACUCCGGUGCUCGAACACACGAAGAUUUGAAGGCCUUUGUGUCGAAAAUGGCCGGUGGGCUUAGCGGCGAGGAAGCGGCAACCGACAAAACGAUCAACGGCGCCGAAAAGGACAACACAUCGGCGGUCCUACAACUGUCGGAACCGAACUUCCAGCACACCAUCGAGAAGGGUGUCACUUUUGUUAAGUUCUACGCCCCCUGGUGCGGUCACUGUAUGCGUCUGGCUCCGACCUGGGAACAGCUGGCGGAGAAGUUUGUCGGUUCCGAUGCGGUCAAAAUUGCCAAGGUGGACUGCACACUGGAGGUGAACAAGGUCCUGUGCGGCGAGCAGAAGGUGAACGGUUUCCCGUCCGUGUUCAUCUACCGCAACGGGGAGGUGCUGAGCGAGUACAACGGCAAUCGCUCGCUGGAGGAUUUGCACGACUUCGUCACCCGGCACCUGGUCGAGCACGACGAACUGUAAUUUAGUUUCGUUUGCCUCCCUCCCCCUGUGGUCGCCGCCAGCGGAUGCAUUUUUUGUGUAAUUCAAUCAUAUCUCGAUGUUUGACGAGCAGUUUCGCUUGCAGCGCAACAAGACAAAGAACAACUUAAACGUAGAAAACAUUUAUGAAAUUUAAAUAAAAAGUGAAAUCGAUAAAU